AUGGUCUUCAAGUACAUCGGAGACACUUUGGGUCUUACCCCGGUGCUCAAGUCAUCCUGGGACGUCCAUGCUCUCAUUAUCAUGCGAUUUUUCCGACUCAUGGCGUUUGGCCAGAUCUCUGUCAUUCUCGCCCAGUUUUUUGAUGCCCAUGGCUUCUCUCAGGACAAGACCGGUCUUUUCAUGUCCCUGACUCUCGCCGGAGACGUUGGCCUGUCCCUGUUCCUUACCACAUAUGGUGACCGACUCGGCCGAAAGAAUGUGCUCCUUAUUGGAGCCGGCCUCAUGACCCUCUCGGGCCUCGUCUUCUUCCACGAGUCCAACUACUAUCUCCUUCUUCUGGCCGCCAUUUGCGGUGUCAUUUCUCCCUCUGGUGCUGAGGUUGGACCCUUCCGAGCAAUUGAAGAGUCCACCUUAGCCCAGCUCACAACCCUGGAGGCCCGAGCUGACGUCUUUGCUUGGUACACUCUUUUGGGAUCUCUCGGAGCUGCCCUCGGAGCCCUUGUCGGUGGCUGGACCGUCCAGAUUGCCCAGGAGAAGUACCACUUCACCAAGCUUGAGGCUUACAAGACCGUUUUCCUGACUUAUGCAGCCAUUGGCUUCAUCAAGUUCAUUGCUUCCUGUUUCCUUUCUCGAAAGGUCGAAGCUCCAGCUGAAGAGACCGAGCCUCUUCUUGCCAACGAUCAGGAGAACGCCACCGAGGAGCGAGCUGAGCUCCGAAACAACAUCAAGAAGCGAGGUGGUCUGCGAAACCUGCUUCCCAACAUCUCCCCCGAGUCCCAGAAGAUCAUUACUACUCUGUGUCUUCUGUUUGCCAUCGACUCAAUGGGUUCUUCCCUUGCGAACUUCUCCUGGAUCUCCUACUACAUUCAACGAAAGUUUGACAUUUCUACCGGAUACCUUGGUUCCGUCUUCUUCGUCACAGGUAUCGUGGGUGCUCUGGCCACCCUUGUUGGAUCUGGUAUCUCUCGACGUCUCGGUCCUCUUCUGACCAUGGUCGUCACCCACCUUCCUUCCUCUGCUUUGAUCAUUCUUCUGCCCGUUCCUUCUACCGUGCAAGGUGUCAUCACCAUUCUCGCUAUCCGAGCCUGCACUGCCCAGAUGGAUGUUGCUCCUCGACAAGCCUUCCUGUCCGCCGUGGUACUCAAGAACGAGCGAACUCUGGUCAUGGGAUGGGUUGGAACUAUCAAGACUCUUGCCCAGCUGCCUGGACCUUACAUCACCGGUUACCUUGCUCGACACAACAAGCAGUGGAUUGCUUUUGUUGCUGCCGGUUCUCUCAAGGUCAUCUACGAUUUGUCUAUCCUCUCUUACUUCACCCGGGUGAAGCUUGAUCGAGAUCAGAACUAA